CCACUCCACCCACUUCCGAGCUUGACUACAGAGAGCGAGAACACAUCCCCGAGGGCACCACAGUCUGUCACUAAAAGAAACUCCACCAAUUCACACCCGGCUGCCUCAUCCAGGCAUGGCAGACGGCUUUACCCCAUCAUGGCAGUGCGACAUUACACCCUCGACCUCAAGCUCCGUGCGCCAGCUGACGUCUCUGCGACUGUGCGUGGUCUUCAGUCUAUAUUUCAAGAGCAGGAAAUGACAGAGACUGUUCAUGACUCUGAGGGACAUGGAUAUCUGGCCACCUUUGUCGGGAAAAACGGCAGGUUUGCCAUCCUACGAAUGCACUCACACGGUCUGGUGACUUUUGACCUGCAGUGUCUUGAAGGAGAUGAAGAAGCGCAAGUGGACAAUCUACUGAAUGCACUGGAAAAGAAACUAAAGACUCUCCUUGAUGGAAAUAUCCAAAGGAUCAAGAGGCUUCCAGCGCUGGUUCGAGGCAGUGAUGUGGACAGAUACUGGCCCACAGCUGAUGGUAGACUAAUGGAGUACGACAUUGAUGAGGUUGUGUACGAGAAGGAUUCGGCCUACCAGAACAUCAAAAUCUUGCACUCGCGGCAGUUUGGCAAUAUGCUCAUCCUCAAUGGGGAUGUCAAUCUUGCAGAAAGUGACCAGCCAUACACUGAGGCCAUUAUGGGCAGUGGAAAGGAGAACUAUGCUGGAAAAGAGGUACUUAUUCUGGGAGGAGGAGACGGUGGUAUUCUGCACGAGGCGGUGAAGCUCAAACCAAAGAUGAUCACCAUGGUUGAGAUUGAUGAACUGGUGAUUAAUGGAUGUCAGAAACACAUGAGGAAGACAUGUGGGAAUGUAUUAGAUAACUUGAAGGGAGAUUGUUAUGAGAUUUUGGUACAGGACUGUGUUCCCGUACUCAAAAAGUUUGUUGAACAAGGGAGGAUGUUUGAUUACGUCAUCAAUGACUUGACCGCUGUUCCUAUCUCCACAGCACCUGAGGAGGAUUCAACCUGGGAAUUCCUGAGGCUCAUUCUUGAUCUUUCUAUUAGAGUUCUAAGACCCAGUGGGAAGUACUUCACGCAGGGCAACUGUGCAAAUCUGACUGAUGCGCUCAGUGAAUAUGAAAAUCUGUUGGGAAGACUUUCGUGCAAAGUGGACUUUUCCAAAGAGGUGGUCUGUGUGCCCUCUUAUAUGGAGCUGUGGGUUUUUUACACGAUCUGGAAGAAGUAAUGUCUCUUCCUCUGUCACUCUCCUCCAAGUCCUGCUGAAAUGUGAAGAACUCUCCCUCACCCUCUGAUGCACUUAGGGGAGACUUGCACAAAUCUCUCCUAGCACUGUUUCCAUUUUUGCUACAUUCUCGUCCAGAAAUGAGCAGCCUUUUUGUUUUAUUGACAUGGCUAUUUGCAUUUUGUGUUUGAAGUUAGAGAUCAUAACGUUAUUUGUUUACCAGUGUUGGUUUGAUGUUGUUUGUGUGGUGCCCUCUAGGGUGCGGUGUGUGAGUAGACACUGCUGAUGAUACUGAAGCCUGGAGGGUGGUCAAGCAUCUGAUUCUGAACACAUUUCGGACUCCUGCCUUUGAGGAUGGGCUUUUUAUUUUGUGCAUCGCUGCAGAGACAAAUUGAUUUUUUGGUUUCUGAUUUUGCAAUGCUCUUUGUGUUUAGCUCCACUGAUUUGUUUGCCUUUGUGUUUGAAUUUGUUUGCAUCCUUUUGUAAUUGUGGCUUGAGUGUGAUUUCAUCCAUGGUGCUUCACAGAGAGUUUAAUGACAGUGUUGCAUUCUGGGAUUCCAUCGGAUGGUUAAUUGAAACAGAAGCCCCUAAAUCUGUCUUAAAAGGGAAAAAACGUUCCUGCUGUUGCAAUUUUCCUCAAGUUUUCUUCUGAGCUGUGAAUGUUACAUUUUUAUAAUAACUAGGUUGAAAGUAGGUUUCCCUGCUUGACGUUGUUUUGUCUUGAUUUUUUUUCUAGUACAGAAAAAAGUUCUAGUUUUUACUGAAUGUAGGCCACUUAGAUUAAUGCUUUUAUCCAUAAGGUUCUUCGUUUACAUUAUUUAUUUUAUUUCCCCACACACAAGUGAUCCUGCCCUGAAACAUUAUUUCUGUUCUUGAGAGUGAUAAUCAUCUAUUAAAGCAGUUGAGGAGGAAAAUA